CUGAUGUAAUGUUGUUUUAUUUUAAAGAAAAAUUAAGUUAAUAUUUUUAUAAAAUGGUUGUGCUACACAAUUUACAAGAUGUUUUCCUUGAGUCUUCGCGACAAGAAACAUUUAAUUUGCCAACAAUGAAACAAAACUAUUUGAAAAUUGAUUUUGGAAAUUCUGAUAGUAAAGAAACAGUAUACAACAGUACAGAACCUUCAUUACCUUUUGCUGCAAGUUGUAUUAUUAAUGCUGGUAUCAACAACUGGAGACGUCUCACAGCAGACAAUGAGGAUUGUAAGGCAGUGUAUGAAGUGACCUUUAAUGUAAUGGGUAGUAAUUUAAAUUUCAGGCCUGGUGAUACCGUAGGUGUUAUUCCAACAAACCGUGAUGGAGAAGUCAGUUGUAUUAUAGAUCAUUUGGAAUUAUCUGAUGUUGUGGACUGUUGUUAUAAUAUAACUAUUAACAGUGGUCAGAAAGGGGCUAAAAUACCUGCUCAUGUCCCUAUUAAGUCUACAUUGAGACAUGUUCUAACACAUUGUAUUGAUUUAAGAGGUGUUGUGAAAAAACUGUUCCUGCUUGCUUUAUCGAGGUAUACAAAAGAUGAAACAGAAAAGAAAGUUAUUGAGUACCUUUGCAGUAAAGAAGGUUCUUCAGCAUACACAAAUUAUAUAUUAAAUAAAAAAUUAUGCAUAUUAGAUUUAUUUGAAAUUUUCAAAACAUGCAAACCACCUGUAGAGGUUAUUUUAGAACACCUUCCUAGAUUACUGCCUAGACCAUAUUCUAUUGUGAAUAGUAGUUCAAUGAAUCCUAAUGAAAUAAAAAUAUGUUUCUCCGUAAUGAAUAUAGGUUAUAACAGAAAAGGUCUUGUAACUGGCUGGUUAGAAAGUUUAAUAAAUGAAAGUCUUGAAGAUAUGAUGGGAAAUAUAACAAUCACAGAUAAAAAAGAAAUGGUGACAGACAAAAAAGUUUCUAUAUAUUUAAGGAAGAAUAUAAAUCAAUUUAGUUUUCCAGAUAAUAUUUCAAGGCCAAUGUUACUUAUUGGCCCAGGUACUGGAGUUGCACCUUACAUAGGUUUUCUUGAAGAACAAUUGAAAGGAAAGGAAAGAGACUUACUUAAUAUUAUAUGGUUGUUUUUUGGCUGCAGAAAUCCUAAUUUAGAUUAUAUUUACAAAGAUAAAUUGCAAGGAUUUAAGGAUGCUGGUGUGUUGACUAAACUGAUAACAGCUUUUUCUAGAUUCAAUGAUUGUGAAGAUAAAUAUAUACAGGAUGCAAUACUUAGUAAUGGAGAAGAAGUAGCUAAGUUACUUAAAAAUGGCGCGUUGGUAUAUGUUUGUGGUGACGUGAAUAAAAUGGCAACUCAGGUAAAGGAAUCUUUUGUGAAAUGUUUAGUCAAGUUUUCUGGAUUCACGCAAGAGGAAGCUGAAAAGUUUGUUUGUGAUAUGCAAAAAGAGAAGACAUAUUUAAUUGAUUCAUGGAAUUAA